UGUCGUGAAGCAGGCGCAGCGCGCAAUGGAGCGCGUGGCGAAUCGGCAAUCCGAUUGGACGGCGUCGAAACGGGACAAAGCGGACAUGAGAGCAAUGGCUGACGAGCAGAAGCUCGUGCUGAGUAAGGCGAAAAAGGACGCGGACGACGCGACUGGACUCUACUUCAAGUACGUUAACGACGCGAAGACGUUACCGUCAGCUGUCAAACAGCUGACGGUGAAAGCGACGGAGGCGGCUAAGGCCGUGAGAGAUAACAAGGCCCCGCUUGCUCAAGCCGCGGCGUUCCGCGCUCAGGCGGAAGCGAAGUCUAAGGUGCUCAAGGCGCGCGCGGAGACGUUCAGGGCGGCUGCGCAGCAGGCGGAAGCGGACUCCGCCGCUUACGACAAGGCGCACUCCCCCGACUGGAAUACGGGCAAGGGAAGCGGCAACGGUAACAGCAACAGCAACGGCAACAGCGACAACAAUGGCAACAACAACGGCAACGGCAACACUGGCAGCAGCGGCAGCACUGGCACUAGCAGCAGCGGCAGCAGUGGCAGCAGCAGCAGCAAUGGCAGCACUAGUAGCAGCGGCAGCACCGGCAGCAGCAGCAGCAGCAAUGACAGCACUAGUAGCAGCGGCAACACUGGUAGCAGCAACAGCAAUGGCAGUACACGUAGCAGCAGCAGCAGCGGCCACGGCAACAACAAGUAAUGGCCAUAAGGCCAGAGAAGCAUAAAGCAACAUAAUACAG